AAACACUGUAUGAACUUCGUAACUCGGCUAAAGUAUUGAAUGCGUUUUUCGCUGGGUGCACCUGAGAGGAAUGCUUUUCUGUCGAGGAGAAUUACUUAUGCCAUCUUGUCCAAGAGGAAUAAAGACAAAUCUGAAACAUCACACCCUCCCUUGAUCCCUCACUUUAGCAGGCUGCCAUAAUGAGCUCCUGGGGGACUGAGAGCCAGGGUAGUCCCCGGUAUUGCAGACACUUCCUCGCCGACAACAGCAUCUUCCAUGUCGAGCGAUGUAUGAGUGUCAUGCAGUCCGGGACUCAGAUGGUCAAGCUGAAGAACGGUUCUAAAGGCUUGGUCCGUCUGUUCUACCUGGACGAGCAUCGCUCCUGCAUCAGAUGGAGGCCCUCCAGGAAAAGUGAGAAGGCUAAAAUCACCAUCGACUCACUCUACAAGGUCACAGAGGGGCACCAGUCCGACAUCUUCCAUCGGCAUGCCGAGGGAAGCUUCGAUCCUGCCUGCUGCUUCACCAUCUACCAUGGAAACCACAUGGAGUCAGUCGACCUGGUUACCUCCAAUGCCGAGGAGGCCCGCACCUGGGUGACCGGCCUGAGGUACCUGAUGGCAGGCAUCAGCGACGAGGACUCGCUGGCGAAGAGACAACGCACCCAUGACCAAUGGAUGAAGCAGACAUUUGAGGAAGCCGAUAAGAAUGGUGAUGGCCUUCUGAACAUUGAUGAGAUGUACCAGCUCCUACACAAAAUGAAUGUGAACCUGCCUCGUAGGAAAGUCAAGCAGAUGUUUCAGGAAGCAGACACAGAUGAACAACAAGGCACCCUCUCGUUUGAGGAGUUCUGCGUCUUCUAUAAGAUGAUGUCCCUACGCCGGGACCUUUACCUGCUGCUCCUGUGCUUCAGUGAGAAGAAAGACCACCUCACAGUAGAGGAGCUGGCCAACUUCCUACGUGUGGAGCAAAAGAUGCCAAAUGUGACAGUGGACUACUGCCUGGACAUCAUUGAUAAAUUUGAAAGCGCAGAGGAGAAUAAACAGAAAGGAAUUUUGGGCAUUGAAGGGUUCACCAGCUUCAUGCGUAGCCCAACAUGUGACAUCUUUAAUCCCACACAUCUGGAGGUGAACCAGGACAUGGAUCAGUCCCUGUGUAACUACUUCAUCGCAUCCUCCCACAACACCUACCUGACCGGAGACCAGCUCCUCUCCCACUCCAAGACGGACAUGUACGCCUGGGUGUUGCAGGCCGGCUGCCGCUGUGUUGAGGUGGACUGCUGGGAUGGUCCAGAUGGAGAGCCUAUGGUGCAGCACGGCUAUACUCUCACCUCUAAGAUCACCUUCAAGUCUGUUGUAGAAACUAUCAACAAGCAUGCCUUCAUCAACAAUGAGUACCCGGUCAUCCUGUCCAUUGAGAACCACUGCAGCAUCCAGCAGCAGAAGAAGAUUGCCCAGCACCUGAGGGACGUCUUUGGGGACAAGCUGGACGUGCAGGAGGCGCUGAGUAAAGACCCAAAGCAGCUGCCCAGCCCCAACAGCCUGAGGGGCAAGAUCCUCAUUAAGGGUAAGCGUCUGCCCACACACCUGUCAGAGGAUGCAGAAGAGGGGGAGGUGUCAGACGAAGACAGCGCCGAUGAGAUUGAGGAUGACUUCAAACUGAGAAACACCACCAGCAACAACCUAAGCCAACACCAGGUGGAAUCCCACAUCAGGAAGAAGCUGGAUUCUCUUCUGAAAGAGGCAAAAAUCGGCGACAAAGAGGACACAGACAGCUUCUCCAUCCGGGCCCUUCUGCGUGCCACUCACGAGGGAAUCCACAGGAACCUCGGAAAGAACUCCAAAGAAGGCCUGAAGAAAUCCCAUAGUCGGUCUUUUAUUAGCGGCAUGAAACCCAAGAGGAAUUCCAGGCCCAGGCUGAAGUGUCAGAGUGUGGACACGGACGAUGAAGGGAAUCAAGACGUCUAUGGGAGGGAGUUAGUGGGCAUGCCCAACAGAGCUGGUUGCCGGCGGCGGAAGACCAUAAAGCUGAGCAGAGAUCUGUCUAGUGUGGUGAUGCUUACCAACUCUCUGGCCGAGCAUGAAGUUCUGGAAGAGGGUGGCCCAGGAAAUGUGCUAUCAUUCAGUGAGACGAGGGCACAGCAGCUUGUCCACCACCGGGCAGAAGAGUUCCUCUUCUUCAACCAGCUGCAGCUCUCUCGCAUCUACCCCUCGGCCUACCGCAUCGACUCCAGCAACUUCAACCCACAGACCUACUGGAAUGUGGGCUCCCAGCUAGUGGCUCUGAACUACCAGACAGAAGGUCGUAUGAUGCAGUUGAACCGUGCCAAGUUCAUGGCGAACGGUGGGAGUGGCUAUGUGCUGAAACCUGCACCAAUGUGCAAAGGAUCCUUCAAUCCAUUUUCUGAUGACCCACUUCCAGCGUAUCCCAAAAAGCAACUGCUGCUGAAGAUCAUUAGUGGACAGCAGCUCCCCAAGCCACCUGACUCCAUGCUGGGGGACAGGGGAGAGAUCAUUGACCCUUUUGUGGAGGUGGAGAUCAUUGGUCUUCCAGUGGACUGUUGCAAAGAGCAGACACGUGUGGUGGAUGAUAAUGGGUUUAACCCCGUGUGGGAGGAGACUCUGUCCUUUACUCUACACAUGCCAGAGAUGGCCCUGGUGCGCUUUCUUGUCUGGGACCACGACCCAAUUGGACGAGACUUUGUCGGCCAGAGAACCGUAUCAUUCAGCAGCCUUAUGCCAGGUUACAGACAUGUUUACCUGGAGGGUCUUACAGAGGCAUCCAUCUUUGUUCAUGUCACAGUGCAUGAUGUCUAUGGAAAGAAUCGUCAGCUGAAAGGUAUCAGAGGCCUGUUUAAUAGGGGUACAACAAAGACAUUGGUGGACACUGGACUCCCUGUGCGAAAGCGUUCCCUCAGCGAUCACCUCCUGCGGCGCACCGCAAGUGCCCCUGCCAAGGGCCGAAAGAAGACCAAAGUGACUCUGUCUGAGGUGGCAGAAGACAGGAAGAAAAGCACGGUUGAAGCCUUGCAAGCACAGGAAGUGGCAGUGGGCCGUCACAGCAGUCCUCGAGCUGCUCUCCAGCACAGGCCAGUCUCAAUGCCCCUGGACAGGCUACUGCAGGGCCAGCUAAACCUGACGUCCCCAGACCAGGAGAGGCCUGAUCCAAUCACGGACACCCUCAUCGAUUUGGUGCGCUUUGAACGUCCCAGAUCCAAAUCAGUUGAUCUCCUCAUUGAAACCACACCAUCACACAACUCUGAUGACCAUUCCACUGCAGUUGGCAAGAUCCUUGGACCAGACGAAAUGAGCAAUACUGCAUAUCUGGUCAUUGGAGAUGGACAGAGAAAUGUAGAUGAUCCCAACACAGACCCUUCAGUGGACUAUGUCACCCAUCAGACCAAUGCAGAGGAAGUGCCGAUUCCAUGUGGCUCCUCACCUGUCGCAGAAAGCAGCCCAGCCUCCCAAAUGGAACCAGACUGCUCAGUGAAUGUGGUCUUUAGCCCAGUGAAUCACAAACCUUCUCUUUCUUCACCUUCACCUCUUGCAGUGGAUCAGUUUGAUCAGCAAAGUCAGCUUUCUCUUCAGGACAGUACCAUAUCAAGGCUUAUUGAUGCUGUUUCCUUAGGCAAUGAGUAUGACACUUGUGGAUCUAUAUCAGCCUUGAUUGGUCAGUUUGAACUCACAAUGGAACAUGGGACCCCUAAAACAGAAUCAGGACAAUCAAUCUAUUGCCCCCCUCUCUUCAAUGUAACACCAAACUCACAGAAAAUAUCCCACAACCAGAAUAAAGGCAACACUCUCAAAUCUUUCCCAACCUCACAAAAACAUGCUUCCCCUAAGAAAGUCAGCCAGAACACUAGUAGUCCAUGUAAAGUUCCAUUCUAUUCAGAACCUUUACUUUUCUCAAGUCCGGAGACCACAGAACCUGCAGUGUACACUAUUAUUGAUGAAGAGGUGCUGACUCCUAUUUCUGUAAGCAACCAGUCCAUUGUUGUUGAGGAGACCUUCCAAGAGAACUCAGAUGAUAGAACAUUAAAUUCUUUCCCUACUAAACAGGACGUCAAUGGACAUAUUGAGGACAAUGAAGCCUGGGGGCAAGACAGAGAGGAUGGCCAAAGAGGCCAGUAUCCCACCCCCAGAUCAGUCCAUACCUGGAAAGCAAAUGGCUACACUGCCACAGCUAGUCCAAACCUUGAGCACUUCCUUUUAUGCCAGGACUCAGCAAGUAGUAGUCUAAUGGAGGUAGAACUCAACGUAGAUGAAGAUCCUCCAGAAACUACACACUUAUUUUCAAGACGUGGUUAUAAUUGGAAUGGCCACAGCCUUACUAAUAACAUUUCUGCUGACAUACACAGUGCCCAUUACGCUCCCUCCCUGCAUGACAGACCCUCAAAUGGGCCCUCAACUCUUUACAAACCCACCCUCCAGCCCCCUCCUUCACACAGAUCUGCUGGUCAGCCCUCCCAGUUCACCCAACCGCAAGGUUCUUCUGCUCUUUGCCAAGAUCGCUUCCCAAUCAGCAGCACAAAGACUGACUCCAACUACCACAUUACCAGUGAUAGGACUUUCUCCAGAGGGUACCAGCAGGCCUCUUAUGGGGGAUACAUGACUAAUGGGAGACAUGGAAUGUCACAGGGAAGAGAUGAUGAGAGAUCCAGUCCCUUUCACAAUGGAAAUUCAGAUUAUCGGUCUGAGCCCCAGAUACACAGCUCCACCAUGAGCAGGGAUUUAUAUUCACCUAUCUCAGACUAUGAUAUUCCUUACAGUUACACCAAGAAUGACUUCUCCAAGAAUGCUUCAGCCAAAUAUUCUCAGCACACCCAGGACCCAGCCCCCCUCUGCACGGAGCCCAGUUUAGCUCCACCACGGGUACCUAAAGCCCCAAGCCCCUGCAAGUCCAAGAGUCUUGGAGACCUGACAUCAGAGGACAUCUCCUGCAACUUCCAAAGCAAGUACAAAGUCAUCAGCCGCAGCUUUAUCACGCCGUCCCAAAUCAGCAGGAGGAUGGGCGGCCUAAACCAGCGGCCUCAAUCUGCGGACCCCUUGACGGAACAACUACGCAAGCUGGUGACCAUGGAGCAAGAAGAGCGCCACCAACCAUCACUCACCUAUCCGAUCCCGCCCAAGCCCUUGCCAACAUCCCUGCCCUCUCUGCACCCUUGCCCUGUCAGCUCAGCAGAGGCUGCAGACGAUCUGGAGGAUCCACCACCUCUUCUCAACCGCCGGCUGUCCUCUCGGAGUCAGAGCCGAGUGCGGCACAUCGCCAGCCGCGCCCGCGAGAAGCAGGAGGCGCUGAAGUCCCGGCCGGCUGCCAACAGCAGCCAAGUAGUGCUGCGACACAAGUCGCCCAGUGCACAAAAUCCAGGGCCUAACAGGCAUUCCACUGGCUCUUACAUUGCGGGGUAUCUGGAUCAACUGGAGGACCGAGGUCUGCCUGAGGGGGCCUGUACCACUCUCCGCUACAGUUAUGGUGAUCACUUCUACACAGAUAACUCAGCACUGACCACUGAUUCCUGUCUUCCCUCAGAACCCGAGGUUUACUUCCUGCUCAGACUAUGAGUUUCCUCAAAUGUGAUUUUAUGUAUAUGCCCACUCAAUCUCCUGCUCAUUCUUAAAAGGUCUCAACAAGGGUUGUCAGCUGUUCAUUAAGACAGCAUGAUGUAAAUAUAGGCCUACCUGUUUUUAUGUGUGAAAAGUCCUGUCCUUUUGGCCUACACGUUGUUUGUCGUGACCUUACUCAGACUGCUUUGAUUUUGAGUCGAAGGUAAUGUGAUGAGCAGUAUGGUCCUUGUCCUUUGAUCUUUCUCUUUGUUCUCUGAAAAUGUGUGUAUAAUUAUAAAUUUGGCUCCUAUUUUGAUAGAGCUGUACAGUCUUCCUAUGUCUUUUGUUCUGUUUGUACAUAUACAAAAUGUUGAGUUUGUAUUUAAAGCACCAUGAAGUCUCCUUUGUUUUAAUUACAAUGUUGACUAUGUUAGUAACGCAUGUUAUCCGUGAACUUGUCAAGCAUGACUAUGCACCGACUUUUAGAUGUUUUCAUGCUUUUGCACAGAUUGAAUUUUUUAAUGUACUGGAUGCAAUACAUAGACAUGCUUGCUCUCUUUUAGUCAUGAGUUCAAUAAUGGCAACAAAGAAUACAACAUAUUCUUAAACUGAUUUAAACUUUUAUUUUUCUAAUUGCUUUGAUACCAAAAGCAAAAACCAACCUUGUGUGACUUGUAUUUGUUACUUUUAAAAAGAAAACAUUGGUUUCAAGCUAGACUAACAUAUUUUUGGUGUAGAAGUACUGGUAUCGGAAUCUAAUGUUUGUAUUUGCACCUAAUGGGAAACUGAGCAUUUUCCUACCAAUG